UGGCAGAAUAUUGGGGACGAAAACAUGCACGAGGUUGUCCGUCACGGAGGAACACUCACUCGCGCGAUGCGUUAUAGUCUAACGUGUCGUGAUGUAGAGAAGGUGAAAGAAGCUUUCGUAGUGAAUUGAGUGCGAGUAGAUAAACAAAGACUAAUACCUCUACCUCUGAGUACCAUGAGGAGGCGGGGAAUGUAGAUACUAACGAGUGGCGGUUGUUUGGGCCUGGUGGCACCACUUUGUUACUUCACACCAACCAAUUAUUAGCUCUGGCGAGUUGGCUUUUUCAUUAUUCACCACUCAUCCGUCGCGAAAUGUCGUCAAAACCACGAAAAGAUGACACCCUAGACCCACGAACCAUGACGUACGAAUUUCUGGGGCCACCGGGAGCGUUCUUGAUCAUUCUUGGCGUCCCCGCAACGGCGUACGCCCUCUACUUUGGCUGUUCAGCAACUUCCGGCGGGUGCCCUCCGUCUCUGGACAUUAUUCCUGCACGCAUCCAAGCCGCGGUAACGGAUAUAGCAUGGUGGGUAAGCUUAUGGGACACACAAGCAUUCCUCAUGUACUUUGCCUGGUACAUGUACUGUGUCGUGGCUUGGGCCGUCCUCCCGGGUGAUUGGAUUGAGGGUGUUCAAUUACGCACUGGAGAAAAGAAACAGUAUAAAAUCAACGCCUUUUCGACUUUCUUGCUCACCCUGGGUAUCACGACUGGUUAUAUCAUGCGGUUCGGCCCUGAGUCCUUCACAUUCAUUUAUCACAAGUGGGUCGGUUUCAUGACCGCUGCAUUGAUGAUGUCGGUCGUGCAAGCGCUCGCAGUGUACGCCGCAUCGUUCCGCAAAGGUGCCCUUCUCGCUUUAGGCGGCAACUCUGGAAACCCGAUUUAUGAUUUCUACAUUGGUCGCGAACUAAACCCGUCUAUUGGGCUAUUCGAUAUCAAGUCAUUCAAUGAACUCAGACCUGGUCUCAUGCUUUGGGUUCUCGUCAAUAUCGGCAUGCUCUGCGAGCAGGCAGUGCGUCGUGGAGGUCUACAGAACGUGACUUACUCGAUGUGGUUGGUCCUCGCUUUUCAAUCGUUCUAUGUUGCAGAUGGAUUGUACAACGAGCCGGCUGUCUUCACUACUAUGGAUAUUACAACUGAUGGUUUUGGAUUCAUGCUAGCCGUUGGUGACCUGCUAUGGGUCCCAUUCGUGUACUCCCUACAAGCGCGGUAUCUUGCCUUUAACCCUGUAGAAUUCGGACCCCUCGUUGCUUUGAGUAUCUUCGCGGUAAACGCAUUGGGUUACUAUAUCUUCCGGGAUGCAAAUGGGGAAAAGAAUGAUUUUAGGAACGGACGUAACCCCAAGAACCUUCAAUAUUUCACGACCGAGAGUGGAUCCAAAUUGCUUACUUCGGGAUGGUGGGGGCGUUCCCGGCAUCCUAAUUAUUUUGGCGACCUCGUCAUGGCAGUUGCCUGGUCUCUGCCGACUGGCUUCGAAACACCUAUCACGUACUUCUAUGUCAUCUAUUUCGCGGUGCUUCUUAUUCACAGACAACGCCGUGAUGACGAGAUGUGCGAGAAAAAGUACGGCAAAGACUGGGAGAAAUACAAGAAGCUGGUUCCGUAUCGUAUUAUUCCAUACGUGUAUUAAGUUCGUAAUAUUCGCUACAAAAUCCAU